GAUAAAAAUGAAAAACGUAGCGGUUCGGACCACCAUUUAGGGUUUUAGGCUAUAUAACAAAACCUUUCGGCUCUCCGCAUUCUGUUUUCGUGAAUUUUUUUUCUUCUUUCAGUAAUCAGUUUCACCUUAUAAGAAGGCAACCUUCAAGAAUGAUAUCAGCAAUUGCAUGGGUGCCAAAAGGGGCGUCAAAGCCUGAACCAGAAGUGGCUGAGUUACCUUCCAAAGAAGAAAUUGAAGAACUGAUUAAGACCGGUGCUUUGGAGAGAAGUGAAGAUAAUGGUAGUGAGGAUGAAGAUCAAGAUAUGGAUGCUGAUGCUGAGAAGCAAACCGGUGAAGUUGCCCAAGCACUUGCUGUGGCAGACGCCCUUGGAAAAACUUCCAAUAACAAGUCAGGGGCACAAUUAGAAGAUCUUACAGAUGGGUUGAAAGAGCUUGACAUGGAAAAUUAUGACGAAGAGGAUGAUGGUAUUGAGCUAUUUAGCAAGGGCCUUGGUGACCUUUAUUAUCCAAGCAAUGACAUAGAUCCAUAUUUAAAGGAUCAGGAUGAUGAUGAUUCAGAAGAGAUUGAGGACAUGACCAUUAGACCCAUGGAUGCUGUCGUGGUUUGUGCACGCAAUGAAGAUGAUGUCAGCCAUCUUGAGGUUUGGAUAUAUGAGGAUUCAGACGAUGGUGAUUCAAACAUGUAUGUUCACCAUGAUAUCAUCAUUUCAGCAUUUCCCCUUUGCACUGCAUGGCUUGACUUCCCACUUAAAGGGGGAGAAAAAGGGAAUUUUGUGGCUGUUGGUUCAAUGGAGCCGUCGAUCGAAAUAUGGGACCUUGACAUUAUCGAUGAAGUGCAACCAUGUGUGGUAUUAGGUGGUGCAGUGGAGAAAAAGACAAAAAAAGGAAAAAAGAAAUCACAAUACAAGGAGGGCAGUCAUACUGGUCCCGUUCUUGGUCUUGCUUGGAACAAGGAGUACAGCAAUAUCCUUGCCAGUGCAAGUGCGGACAAACAAGUUAAGAUUUGGGAUAUGGCUGCUGGAAAAUGCAGCAUAACCAUGGAGCAUCAUGAGGACAAGGUUCAAGCAGUUGCUUGGAAUCACCACUCGCCACAAGUUCUUCUUAGUGGGUCUUUUGAUCGUUCGGUUGUCAUGAAGGAUGGGAGAGUACCAUCUCAUUCUGGUUUAAAGUGGUCAGUCACUUCUGAGGUUGAAUGCUUGGCAUGGGAUCCACACACUGAGUACUCAUUUGUGGUGAGUCUUGAAGAUGGUACAGUCAGAGGUUAUGAUAUUCGAGCUGCCAAAUCCAAUCCAUCUUCUGAGUUGAAACCAAGUUUUACUCUCCAUGCACAUGACAAGGCUGCUUGCACCCUUUCAUAUAAUCCUAAAGCACCAAAUCUGCUUGCAACUGGAUCCAUGGAUAAAAUGGUAAAACUUUGGGAUUUAUCAAACAAUCAACCUUCAUGUGUUGCAUCCAGAAAUCCUAAAGCAGGAGCUGUCUUUUCAAUUUCCUUCUCAGAAGAUAGUCCUUUUUUGCUGGCUAUUGGAGGCUCAAAGGGAAAACUGGGAGUUUGGGAUACAUUAUCUGAUGCAGGCGUCUCAGGAAAAUUUGGGCACUACAGCCAGCCGAACAGACCCAAAACAUAACUGGGAAGGUGAAAGUUUUUGUUGUUUCUCUGAGAGUUUGUAUUUAUGUGAGGAACAGUUUCCAUGGGUUGCAAGAUAAGUUUUCAUGGUUCUGAAAUUAUUUUUAUGUUGUUUUUGCCCCUAUUUUAGGGAGUAUAAUAUAUAAUUCAAUCCAUAGAAAUUCUGUAGCUGUAUUAUGCAUGGUUAAAAA